AACAAUUUUAAGCGGCAUUCAUCUACAACUCAUGUACUUCAUCACCCCUCCCCUCUUUUCCAUUUUUCUCUCUCUAUAGAACUAUAUAUUAGGUGUUACAGGGUAUACUAAAAUGAGUUAAAAUCAUAAACUCUGUACUCAAUGACUUUGCAGUCCCAUAGAAUACAGAAAGGAGAUAAGUAAAUAACUCGAGAUAAAGAAAGUCAAAAAUCUAAAGUAAAUCACAAGACUGAAGCAAACUGACAUAAGAACUGUGAUUGUGUCUGACAUCUCCAAUUUUCACAGGGGAAAUUAUCAGGAGUUAUACAAGGACAAAAGGCAUAAACCAACAUAGUCUUGGACAACCAGAGAUACAGAGUCACCCUACUAGUUUUGCUUUAACUUUUUAUUAUGGAGAUUGUUAUAGCACCUCUAUGUUCUGAGAUAAUGAUAUAAUGAAACCUCAAGUAAUGAUCUUCCAAGUCCAGCAACUAUCAACAUAUGGCCAACACUAUCUCUGCCCCCUCUAACUUCCUACCCACAUUUAUUGAAAGCCAAUCCAAAGAUUUUUCUUGAUUCAUUUAUCAUUUUCCCCCCAUUCAAAUCCUUUCUCUUUUCUAUUUUCUUUACCCAAUCCCAUCACAAUCCCCACCCUUCUUUUUAGUUUUACUUAAGGCACUUAGCUCUGAUGGUCCAACUCAGACAGGACACAGAUCCUGAAAGGUCAGCUCAGAGAGGGGGAGCCAGAUCAGCAGCAGUACCUUACACUUUUCUUUUUCUGGACAGAUGGCUCCAUGACGACUGCUCCAUAAUGGUGGCUGAGGAGGCCAGGGUGUCCAUGAGAGUUGUUGUACUGCUCUGGCUUGAGAUGUCUCUGUUCCCUUCUGGCCUCUUCCAGACUAGGCAUCCCCAAAACCUCAGCUCCCCAGAUGUGGUGAUCCCCUUGAAGGUUGCCAAUUGGGGCAGAGGUGAGAAGGCUCCAGGAUGGAUCUCCUACAGCCUGCAGUUUGGGGGCCAGAGACAUGUUGUCCACAUGCAGGCUAAGAAGAUCUUGGUUUCCAGUCACCUCCCCGUGUUCACCUACACAGACCAGCACGCCCUUCACCAGGAUCAGCCUUUUGUUCCUGAUGAUUGCUACUAUCAUGGUUACGUGGAGGGGGUCCCUGAGUCCCUGGUUGCCAUCAGUACCUGUUCUGGAGGCUUUCAAGGAAUGCUACAGAUAAAUGACCUUACUUAUGAAAUCCAGCCCAUCAGACACUCUACCACAUUUGAACACUUGAUUUAUAAGAUAAACACUAAUGAGACACAAUUCUCACCUAUGAGAUGUGGCUUAACAAAUAAAGCACACCAACCGUUGGAAUUUGAAGAGGCAGAUAAAUCAAAAACGAAACAAAAUUCUGCUUAUAACUGGUGGACCCACUCAUGGUUUCUGGAGCUGGUUGUCGUGGUAGAUCACAAUUUCUUCAUUUACUCUGAAGGUAAUUUCUCAAAGGUACAGGAGAAUGUAUUUUUUGUUAUCAAUAUAGUGGAUUCCAUUUAUCAGCAGUUGGGUACUUAUGUGAUUUUGAUUGGGAUUGAGAUUUGGAACCAUGAAAAUGUUUUCCCAAUGACGAGCAUAGAACAGGUACUGGAGAAUUUCUCUCAGUGGAAACAAAUCGGUCUUUCCCAGCUACAGUAUGAUGCUGCACAUAUUUUCAUUAAAAGUUCACUUAUAAGUGUACUUGGUAUAGCCUAUGUUGCAGGAAUAUGUCGUCCUCCUCUCAAUUGCGGAGUUAAUAAUUUCAGAGGAGACCCCUGGUCUGUUUUUGCCCUCACUGUAGCUCAUGAGUUGGGUCAUACUUUGGGAAUGAAGCAUGAUGAAGAAUCCUGUUUGUGUGGGCAAAGUGCUUGCAUCAUGAAUGCUAUCAGAGUGCCAGCAGAGAGAUUCACCGAUUGUAGUUAUGCAGAUUUUACAAAGACCGCUUUCAACCAGGGAUCGUGUCUGCACAAUCCUCCAAUUCCAGGGACAGUCUUUAUGCUGGAGCACUGUGGGAAUGGUGUGGUUGAAGGAGAAGAGAAGUGUGACUGUGGAUCUGUAAAGCAGUGUAAACAAGAUCCCUGUUGUCUGCUGAACUGCACGCUGAGGCCUGGGGCUGCUUGUGCUUUUGGGCUUUGUUGCAAAGACUGCAAGUUCAUGCCAUCAGGGGAACUCUGCAGACGUCAGGUCAAUGAAUGUGACCUUCCGGAGUGGUGCAAUGGCACAUCCCAUCAGUGCCCAGAAGAUGUAUAUGUGCAGGAUGGGAUUCCCUGUAGUGAGCGUGCCUACUGCUAUCAAAAGAGCUGUAAUGACCAUGAUGAACAGUGCAGGGAGAUAUUUGGUGAAGGUGCAAAGAGUGCAUCCCAGCGUUGCUACAAAGAAAUCAACUCCCAGGGAAAUCGUUUUGGCCACUGUGGCAUCAAUGGCACGACAUACCUAAAAUGUCCUAUUUCAGACAGCUUUUGUGGGAGAGUUCAGUGUGAGAAUGUGGGAGAUAUUCCCCACCUGAGGGAUCACUCAACUUUGCAGUACACCCGCAUCAAUGAUGUCACCUGCUGGAGUAUCGACUAUCACUUAGGGAUGAAUACACCUGAUGCCGGUGAAGUGAAAGAUGGCACAGUGUGUGGUCCAGGAAAGCUCUGCAUACACAAGAGGUGCGUCAGUCUGUCUCUCCUGUCACAAGUCUGCCUGCCUGACACCUGCCACAUGAAUGGGAUCUGCAAUAAUAAGCAUCACUGCCACUGCAGCUAUGGGUGGUCCCCACCCUACUGCCUACACAGAGGCAAUGGAGGUAGUGUUGACAGUGGCCCGGCAUCCGCCAGAAGAGUUUUCUUGCCACUAGUUGUGACUCUUAGUUUGUCUCUUUUGCUUUUACCUUUGGCUGCUAUAUUUAUGCACCUUCGAAAACGUUUCGGGCCCAAGAAGACUACGGCUCAUUCUUCAGAUUAAGAACAUGCCUGUAACUUAAUAUCCUCUACACGAUUAAGUUUUAGUCUAUUGGCAGUAGAAGUUUUACUACAUACCUGACACUGAGCCCAUUUCUGACAGUUGACAGAAAAAUGCAGAGAGACCUUCCCUUCUGUCAGUAUCAGAAACUUUGCCAUCAAGCAAAGGUAAUCCCUAACACUUUCCUAUCUACGGUUCAUUGUCGUAAGCUGCAAAUAAAGCUCCGUUUUCCCCCUGAGUUAGCCCUCUUUGUGUUUCUUGAGCACAGAUAUGACUCAUGGGAAAGACAGGAGACAGACAUCUCAGGACCCCGGGCAGGGGGGCGGGGAGCGGCGGUGAGUCUUGCCUCUCUCCUUUUAUUCCCAAAGUAACAUCUCAGAGGUGCAGAGGAUGUAUUUGUGUGGUCCGCAGAGUGGAUUCCAUUUAUCAGGAGUUGUGUUCUUAGGUGAUUUUGACUGGGACUGGCCGUUGGAAUCAUGGCAAUGUUUUCUCAAUGAAAAGCUAGAACAGGCAAAGAUUGCAAGUUAGCUCGUGCCAUCAGGGGAACUCUGUAGACAUCAGGUCAAUGAACGCGACCUUGCAGAGUGGUGCAAUGGGACAUCCCAUCAAUGUCCAGAAGAUGUUUAUGUGCAGGACAGGAUUCCCUGUGGUGACAGUGUCUACUGCUAUCAAAAGUGAUGUAAUAAAGUUGGCAAAAUUACUUACAUUUUCUAACAUUGUGCUCCAAAAUCUGAAAAGAAUAAUAAGAAUGCUUGACCCACCCAACCUUUUUAUUUGGUAACCAAAAUAGAGAAAAGAAUAACUUUUUGUUCAAGUAUAAACAACUUGCUGUAUGUUUAACAAAACCUCCUGAUUCUAUUCCCUCUGCUUCGUAGUCAAAUGGGCCUGGUGUAACUCUGCUUUAAUUUGGCAGUUUGGGUAUCCUCUUAGAGUAUUUUUUUGACUACCAGAAUAUAAUUUUUUUUGUCUUUUGUCUUUUUAGGGCCACACCUGCAG